AAAAUGCAUUGUUUAAUCCCAUUACUCUGCAUAAUCACUUGCGCUUAAAUACGACUUUUAUUUGCUAUGCAACUCAAAGCGUCUUCACUUGCGCGGCGACAACACACCACUAGCGAUAUUUCUCAUGGAUGCUACGCGAACUCCCGGUAUUCCGUCUUUUUAUCAAAGUCCCCUGUACAGCGUUGUGGCCCAGAGGGCGCAGGCCCUACAAGCGGCGUCUGGUUCGCAAUACGAUCCGUGUUGCGUCCCGAGUUUUCUGUCGUACCACCCCUACGCCUCGCGCUCCCUAGAGAUGCCCUACAUGUACCGCCAUUCCCUCCACCCCUACAUCAACUCUAGCGCCUUUCCUUCUUAUCAAGGCCAGAGAUUCCUUGACAACUUGCCCUCACGCAAGCCCCGUCGUAUGAGAGUGAGGACGAACUUCAGUCCCUGGCAACUGGAGGAACUCGAGCGCGCCUUCGAGACUACGCAUUACCCUGAUGUGUUCAUGAGGGAGGCGCUUGCUAUGCGCUUGGAUCUCACAGAGGCCAGAGUACAGGUUUGGUUCCAAAACCGGCGAGCAAAGUGGCGCAAACGGGAGAAAAGCAAAGGCGACGACGACGAAAACGUGGACGAGAACGAACCAAAAGAUGAGGAAACAGCAAACCAAACCCCGACUCUCAAAGACAACGACGAAAAAUCUUAUUACAAAGUUGAUAUCCCCAGUUCUGAACAAAGAAUCACAGUGGAAGAAAGAUCCGAUGAUUCUUCAAGAGGACAUCUAGGUUCUCCUAAGGAAAGCAACGAGUUUGGAAUCCCUAGUUAUGCGCAAUUGGGAAGAACCGCGUACUCGUUGGAGUCGAAGUACAAACAUUCAGAGUUUCUUGAGACUCGACGCACAUCAAGUAUAGCCGUACUUAGACAAAAAGCAAAGGAGCACGAGGAAUGUAUCCUAAGUAGCAAAAUCCUCUAAAAAGACAUUUAUUUUUUAUUGUUUCUUUUGUUAAAAAAAUUGCGAGGCUCCAUUGAACAAACUUUUGGUUCUUUAUGUAGAUAAAAAUAGGUUGGCUGCUAAUGUCAACCGUUUUUAGAAAUAGUUCGAUUUUUCAUUUUCCUAGAAAUAUACUUCAAAUUUGUACAUAUAAACAAGGUAUAAAUGUAAAUAAAUCCAGCCUUUGAAAUCUGGAUUGAGGCAAUCGGAAUUUUAUCUUGACUUAUACAACUAGCAUAAAAGAAGCGUUGAUGGAAUUAAACGUUGUUUUAAUGCG